AUGCCUCCUAGUACAUAUCGCCGUAUCCCAGAAGCGUCUCAACCGUACCUGGAAAUCUUGCCGAUCGAUGAAGUCGUACCACGCACGAUGCCGUGCUUUGCGACCGAGAAAGCUGAUAACAAACUCGCUUUCCUGUCAUUGCCCCUUGAAAUUCGACUUAAUAUCUACCACUGGCUUCACCUCAUGUGUCCAGUUCGCCACGCACAGCUUGCACCGUGGUAUCCAACCCCAGUGCAUUGUCAAUACAUUCUCCACAGAGUUGAUGCAGACACUGCAAGUGAAGAGGAUAAAACAAACCGUGACGAGCAAAAAGACCUAGGGCUUCUGUCACCAUUUCGUCCCCUCUCGGGCCUUCCUACCAGCCUCCUUCGCACGAAUCGCCAGAUUUACAGCGAAGCACGCCUUUUACCGUUCACACAGAACGAGUUUGUCUUUGUAAACUGGUUCGCAUCAGGCCUCUGGGCCGCCCGUGCCUUCACUCGAGCCCUAGCUCCAUGGCAGCGAGGUUCUCUCCGCUAUGUUCGACUAGAAGUACUUGCACGAGACGUCGUGGUCGGAGGUGCAGGCCGUGAGGAAUGGCGCGCCUUGUGUACUGAAUGGGCAUCCGGAGUCAGAGGACUUCGGAUGAAGAUGGUUCUCGGAGCGAGUACAUCGGUAGUGACAGGCCCAGAGUUCGGAGGCGGAGUGGAGCGCAGGGCCGAAGCGGCACGGCGAUGGGUCGGCGAGGGGCUUGCACUGAUGGAACGACUGGAGAGGGUUGAGAUGGAGGUUGUGGCGAGAGAGCUGAGCGACGUGGACAAACUUGAGUGGUGUAAGACCUUGCAAACAGAGUUGAGGGAUGCAGGACUGGGAAGGACUGUGGUUGUGUGUACUAAAAAGGUACAGGAGAAGAUGGAAUGGAUCAAGAGUGAGGUAAGAUGGAGAAACCCAGAGACUGAAGUCGGAGCUAUCACGGAGGCUAUGGCAAACAAUUUGAUAGCGGAAAGGGCUACAAGAGCUCGUGCAUAG